AUGGGUCAUCAUAUUUCUAUACCUAAAAAAAGAGAAAGACAAACCCCGCAAAGUUCAUUCAGCAAUAGACCGAUUAGCUUUAGAAGGGGAAGUGAAUGCGAUGGCUUUGAAGUUCUCCAAACUUAUCAAACAAUUGAUGGGCGCGUUUUUCAGGUGGAUAAUAAACGAUAUCCUAUGCCUUGUGAUGCUCUAGAAAAAAAGCGCCUUCAUAUGCAACAUUAUUUAUUUAAAGAGGUGUGGAAUGGUAAUUUCUCGUCUCCAAUACAUGAAAAGUUAAAGCAAGGAAUGCGAGUCCUUGAUUCUGGUUGCGGAGUAGGUAGUUGGACUCUCGACAUGGCUAACGAAUAUCCUGCAUCAACAUUUGUGGGUGUCGAUCUAAUUGAAGUGGCAACAGUCGAUAUACGACCCUCAAAUGCUGAGUUUCUUCAAUUCAAUUUAUUAAAUGGGCUACCAUUUCCAAAUGAAACUUUUGAUUUCGUAUAUCAGCGAUUUUUAUGGCAAGCAUUUACACAAAACCAAUGGAUAAAUUUAAUAGAUAAUUUCCUCAGAGUUACAAAAACAGGCGGAUGGAUAGAAUUGAUGGAAGUCAAGCCAAUGAUUUGUAAUCCUGGUCCUAUCGCUAAAAAAUUCAGUGAUGUUGUGCAGCAGUAUAUGAGUUCAAACGAAAUAAAUCCCAAAAUUCAUUUACAAAUACCAAAAAUUAUGGCAGACACAAAUAAAUUCAGAUCAAUAGUGAGUCUUGAAACGAUAACUCCACUUGGAAAAUUGCACAAGAAAUCACAUGGAAUACAUGGAAUAAAGAUGCUCGAAUCUGUUGCAGAAGCAUUCAAAUCUUUACAGGUCGCAUUGAAAUGGGAGUUGGGUGUUGAUAAUCACGAAUAUGAAGAAAUGCUGAAGCAAUUUAUUAUAGAAGGAUCAAA